ACAUGUCAAAUUAUCGCCCAUCUGCGCGUUUCCAGGUGGAUGCCCCGGCGCUCACGUUCAUUGCGCCGGAAGAUGGGGCCACCAUCGGGCUCUUGUCGAUUCACGAAAAGGCACGCAUCUGCAGCUCAUUGACUUGGCCGUCGGCUGAUAAACAGGCUCUUAAAUAUUACUCCCUCCGCGCUACUCGAGAUGCUCCUCGACGGCAUUGUCAGCCAUUCGCCAUGGCAUUAACAUCUCUCUGGGACUACGUUUUCAUCCGGACAAGCAUCUUCCUCCUGCACCUGAUCGCGCCCCUGAGCAUUUUCUAUUCACUGGCCAGAUGGCUCGUCUAUCCCCUGUUUCACAUCUGGCUCGCACUCGAGGCCGUCUUCUACCUUGCCGUCUACCUUCCGCUCAGCCUCCACCUCCAGAGGACCACGACAUAUCCCACGGCCGUCUGCCGUAGCGAUCGCCGCAAAUUGUUCCGGCGCUGCCACGACAACAUUCCAGAUCCGGAACGCUACCUGACGAAAUGGUUCCGGAAUGCGCCGGCGGCUGAGAUCAAGAGGGAGAACGUCAAGGACUUCUUCCGAUGGGCCUUCUUGAAUACGGGAGACCCCGACUGGGAAUACGACGAGGAGCUGGAGGAGUAUGCCGGCGAGAUGGAGAAGAUGCUGGGGAGGAAGUUCGAGCCCGGGCGCGGUAACGCAAAGUGUCUGAGAUUGACCCUCGACAAGGUCGAGAUGUUACACCGGAGCUUGACAUGGUAUCUGUGCGUGUUUAUUGUCGACACACUGGCUUCCGGCUAUCUGCACUACCACUCCUUCGACUUCCACCACACGUCGUUUCUUACCGUCUUCCCCUUACGCCCCCUCACACUCUUCAGCACCCAUUCCUCCCCUGCACAGAGUCUGACUUACUGGCACCGGCUACACACCUCGAAGACAAGACUCCCGGUCCUGUUUAUCCACGGUAUCGGUGUUGGGCUCUACCAAUACAUAGACUUCCUGGCCGAAUUAAAUGCCAACGACGGUGACGAUUCGUCCGACGGACAGGUGGGGAUCAUCGCUUUGGAGAUCAUGCCUGUGAGCUCCCGCAUAACCGGAGAGGCAAUGUCGCAAGAAAAGAUGGGCGAUGAGGUGCAUUGCAUAUUGAACGCGCAUGGGUGGAAAAAGUUCGUGCUGGUGGCACAUUCAUCUGCCGGAAGCCAACCAGUGCCAAUGAAUACCUGCUCUGGUACUUCGGCUCCAAGGAUAUAGGCGUUGCUCAUACCCUCUUUCGACGCUU